AUGAGUCUAUAUAUCUUUGACACUGAGAAUGAGCUUCAAAACAGAAAGAGGGCGAUCACGGAAGAUCCUUCUUCACUGGCACUUGACGAUAGUAUCAUCGUCCGCUUGAUUGAGAUGCUAGACAUCCACAAUCAUCUAGCGAGGACUUUCAGACACGCAAGCGACCGGUACAAAGCCACUGGAUCAAUCGAAUUCAGUAUCACAUUGGUCAGACAGCCAAACCGAGGUCGUCAAUAUGAUCUUCCUACUGCGAAUGAAAUCGGUGGACUAAUCGUUGGGGACUUAUCUGCAACGUCAGUAGGAAAAGAUAUAGUGGUUGAGCUGAAGUCAUCAGCACUUCAGAGGAUAAGUGAUCUUCACCCACUGCUGAUGAGUCUUCAAUAUCCAUUGUUAUUUCCUUAUGGGGAUACCGGUUACCACGAGAGAUUACCAUACUGUGGACCAGAGGCAUCCACUGUGAGAAGAGAAUACAUGACAAUGCGUGAGUUCGAUGCUUACCAAAUCCAGACUAGGCCUUCAGAAGGAAUGACAAUAAUUAAGGGUGGAAAACUGUUCCAUCAGUAUAUUGUUGACGCGUACGUAGCUACCGAGACGGAGAGGCUGCGGUUUAUUAGUCUGAAUCAGAAGAAACUGAGAGCAGAUCUAUAUAAUAACGUAUGCGACGCAGUUGAAAUAGGCGAUGCAGAUGCAACGCAGCUUGGAAAAAAAGUCAUCCUGCCUUCGUCCUUCACUGCUAGCCCUCGGUAUAUGUCUGAAAAAUAUCAAGACGCCAUGGCUAUCUGUCGUUGGUAUGGAAAUCCUCAUCUGUUUAUCACUGUCACCGCAAAUCCAAAUUGGGUAGAGCUCACCGAUCAUCUUGAUGCAUAUGGGGGUGAUUCCGCUAAUAGUCGACCUGAUCUGGAGUGUCGGAUUUUCAAACUUAAGCUUGAUGAGAUGAUGGCAGAUUUUAAAAAGGGAGUAUACUUCCCGAAACCCGACGCAGCUGUCUACACAAUCGAAUUUCAAAAGCGAGGUUUACCGCAUGCCCAUAUCUUAUUGUGGUUGAAAGGGAUCAGAAAAGACGUUAUAGCCGCGAUGAUUGACGAAUACAUCUCAGCAGAGUUUCCCGAUAAGGAAGUUGAUAGAGAAGGAUUUGAACUGGUUGAGCGUCAUAUGAUCCAUGGUCCGUGUGGCAGGAUGCGCCCCAAGUCACCGUGCAUGGACAAGGGAGAGUGCACAAAGAACUUCCCUAAACCUUUAUCUGAGCAUACAAGAAUUGACAAAUCUGGGUUUGUCGUUUAUAGAAGGAGGUCUGAUGAUACGUCUUUUGUCGUUAAGAACGACAUACAAGUGGACAAUCGAUUUGUUGUGCCUCAUAACCUUGGCCUGCUGAAGAAAUAUCAAGCACAUAUAAACGUUGAGUGGUGCUGCAGAACUAGCGCAAUAAAAUAUCUGUUUCAAGUAUAUCACUAA